CGACAAUUCCUCACAUGGCAAAAUUUCCGACCGCCUUGAAUGUGACCACACAGCAAGGUUCCUCCCUGCACGAGAGUAGAAGCUGCCACAUUGAAGAGGAACAAAAAGGCAGCCUGACGCUUUCCGCACUCGCUCAUCUUUCUCCGGGCUAGUCACUGGAUUUCAAUGUUCUGCCUGCGCUUUGCUUUCUGUGUUGACUUGGGCCGCACCUAUAUGGCGUGUGUGAGCGGGGAAUUUUGCCAGGCACAGCACCUCACCACAGUGGAGAAGUGAAUCGACAGCCCCGCGAGGGACUACGCUACCCAGAAACCCCCUUGACUGGCCAGUGCACUCGGAACCGCUGACUUUGAAAAGGCCCUCCUGGGAUAUCGCGUAGUCCUUGGCCCCGACUGUCCCGCCGACACGACAUCUUUGCUUUCCGCUUUCUCUUUGAACAGCCAAUCACAAACAGCUCUCCUGAAUGGGCCGUCUCGCCAACAUGAACCGCCCCGCUGCAGUCGAGAUCACUUACGAGUGCAUGAAGUUCCUCAUCACCCACAAUCCCACCAACGCCACGCUUAACAAGUUCACCGAGGAACUGAAAAAGUUCUCCGUGCAAACUUUGGUGAGGGUGUGCGAAUCCACCUACGACAAGGCUCCUGUGGAGAAGGAGGGGAUCCAGGUUUUGGACUGGCCUUUCGAUGAUGGCGCCCCUCCUCCCACCCAUAUUGUGGACGACUGGCUCAAGCUGCUCAACACCAAGUUUCGAGAGGAACCCGGCUGCUGCAUCGCCGUGCACUGUGUUGCCGGGCUCGGCCGCGCUCCUGUCCUGGUGGCCUUGGCUCUCAUUGAGACCGGAAUGAAGUAUGAGGAUGCUGUGCAGUUCAUAAGGCAGAAGAGACGCGGCGCCUUCAACUCCAAACAGCUCCUUUACCUCGAGAAAUACCGGCCCAAAAUGCGCCUGCGCUUCAAGGAUCCCAACGGCCACGCCUGCUGCGUGCAGUAAGGCGGCGCCGCCCCCUGCGCGUCUUGCCUCCAGCCGCGUGUGGAGCGCGAGCAGUAAUUGUUGUGAUGAUUUGUAAACACUGAGUCAUGGCUAAUCCAACAGAGAACACGCGAGUAAACGCAAUGAAUGAAUGCAGACCACGGGGUACACCAGCGGAACCAACGCAAGGUGAAAGCACACAAACGGGCCCACCACCUCCCGGUUCUACCCGGUUCUACUGUCAACCACGGCCCAACUUUCUUUUCAACUUGAGUCCAUCCUAUCUUUGAUUCCUUCUUCCCUUCUUCCUUCAGCUUGGAAUAUUAUUAGACUUCCAUUUUUUUGUGAUUUUUAAAUUUUUUUUUUUUUUUUAAAUUGACACAAAGUGGUGAUGAAAAGAUGCAAUAUGAAAUGAAAUUGAGAAUUUUUAUUCCCACAAAUGGUGUUCUGAUUGGAGCGAUGUAUCUUAUAAACCAUUUUUUCAACUGUC